AUGUUUGGUAAAUCGGCAACCAUUACUGAUGACACAUAUUCAUUUCCUCCCGUUCUUAAAAGCUUUCUUAACAAAGAUUCUUCUGCAAAAUCGGUCUCUUCAGACCGUAUACCACUUAUAACUGAUAUUCCUCCAAAUGAACCCUCAAGACAAACGACUUCUUCCACUUCCAUAUUCUCUCGCCCAUAUUUCAUGUUCUCUACUCCAUCUAACUCCGAACCCGAGUCAUUUCGUGGUCUUUCACGGAGUCACCGUUUCCUUUACUUUGGCAUUUCCGCCUUCUGCGCAUCUCUGUUUUUCUCUCUUGCUCUCAUUUUUAUUCCUCUUCUUGCUACUCCUUCUGGUCUCCGAAAAUUCGUCUUCAUGUAUAUUCUCGGGAACAUUGCUCUCAUGUUCGCAUUCGCGUUUGCUUAUGGCCCUUGGUCUUACAUUAAGGGAUUAGUGACAAAGGAUCGAAUUGUCUCAACAUUGGUUUACUUUUCGAGCCUUUUUCUUGGCAUUUACGGCGUGUUUUGGUGGCGAAGUACUCUUUGUGCGCUAUUGGCCAUCGGUAUUCAGGUUGGACUUGGCUUUUGGCAAUUGAAACAAUUUAUUUGGGGUGGAACUAAAGUUCUUUCUUUUAUGAGCAAAUUUUCUUCCCUCAGGCCUGGUGGCUCAGGCUCAACUUUGCCGGUUUAA